AUGGAGCAGAUCUCCAUUCAGAGGAUCUUGCAGGUCGAACAGCCCUACACAUGGCCUCGGAGAAUGGCAAUCUGGAGGGUGCCAGAUUCUUAUUGGAAGAGGACCGGGCAGACGCCUCUACUUGUGGCGGCCUCUCAAGGCCGGAUAGACCUUAUCACCCUAUUAAUAGGACACGGAGCUGAUAUUCAUGCAAGGGAUAACGAUGGCUAUGGCUGCUUACAUUUAUCUGCCAGAGCUGAACACUAUGAUGUGACCAAAUUGUUUCUGGAUCUGGGAAUCAGCGUUAAUGCGCGCGCCAACGACGAUGCCACACCACUACAUGGCGCGGCAGUCGAAGGAAACUUGGGCAUCGUCAAGCUUCUAAUUUCGAAGGGCGCUGAUAUCAACGCUACAAAACUUUCCGGGGUAACCCCCCUUAUGAGGGCAAUUUCAUAUGGUCAUAUUACAAUUUUUCGUCUGCUACUUGAACAUGGAGCAACAGUUGGCAAACACACAUACUUACUAAACCUCGCUAAGAUGCAGUUAAGGGAUACUAGGGAGUAUUAA